UUGGGUAAUCUGUCAUCUUGCCUAUUGCGUUUCUGCCGGUUUUUACGUUUUUACAUCUUUACUUGCGUCAAUUUGCCAUUAAUCUCCUUUAUUCACACAAAAUAGUCUUUAUAAAGACUCGUCGGUGUAUUCUAAAGAUAGUCAGGGUUAUAUUAUUCGCGAUCAAGAAAAGUUGUACGCAAACAUGAAUGUCGCCGGUGCUGCUUUCUCUCCACCGAAAAAACGUUUUGCCAAGCACUUUUCAGUUGAAGACAAAACUGGCAUUUUAAAUAUCUUCAAGGCAUAUUCGGAAGACAACCCGGAGGUAUCUAAAACGGAUAAAGUUGAGUUUACGGCUAAAGCAGCAAGUGUAAGCAUUCCGAGUGUCUACAAGAUUCUUCGGGAGUAUACAGAGGUACACGAACUUCAUUCACCUAAAAAAUAUUAUCGACCACGAGCAAUUUUGGACAAUAUUGAUUCCGUAACUAAAAGUAUUCUUCGACGUUUGCUUCAUUCUUUCUUUGAAAGAAAUGAACCACCUACCCUGAGUAAAGUUUUGGCAGUGUUACACGAAGACGAAGACUUACCCAAUUUGAAACGAACUACUUUAUGGAAAUUAAUAAAAGAAAUAGGUUUUCGAUUCGAAAAGAGGUGACGCAAUAGUGUUCUUAAGGAAAAGGACGAAAUAAUUACUUGGAGGCGUCGGUUCUUGCGUGAAAUUAGAAAAUAUCGUGAAGAAGGUAGGAAGUUGUAUUUCCUAGAUGAAACUUGGGUGAAUGCUGGGCAUACUGUAAGCAAAGUAUAGAAGGACACCACAAUUCUCACUCCAAGACAGGCAUUUAUCAACGGGCUAUCAACUGGAUUGAAAGAUGCAUCGGGCAAAGGAAAUCGCCUUAUUGUUCUCCAUAUAGGGUCCGAGGAUAGCUUCGUCGAGGAAGGUUUGCUAUGUUUUGAAUCGAAAAAAACAGGGGAUUAUCACGAAGAAAUGACCAGUGAAGUUUUUGAAAAGUGGUUUAUGGAAAUCGUUACACAUCUUGAUGAACAAUCUGUGAUUAUAAUGGAUAACGCUUCAUAUCA